GAGAGGCAUGAAAAGCUCUGGCUAUAUAUACACUAUGUAUAUAGUCUCAUGAGUUAAUGUGUCACGAAAUCAAAAUAUAACCUGAAAAUACCGACAUGCCGGUCAUGAAGGUUUACAGUGUAAAUAAGUAAUAUUUAUUAAUCAGGUAUUUAUUGAGUUAAAUAUAAAAUGUCGCUUUCAAUAGCUCAUGAUUUAUCCGCUAAAGAACGAACAAGUGAUAUAGAAGUAGAACAAAAUGAGACUUUUUCUCAAAUGGGCUUGUCACAAACAAUUUUAGAUGGCCUUUCAAGUUGUGGUUUUUUAAUACCAUCGCCAAUUCAAUUAAAAUCUAUUCCAUUAGGACGUUUAGGAUUUGAUUUAAUUGUACGAGCAAAAUCUGGUACAGGAAAAACGGUAGUUUUUGGUGUCAUAGCAUUAGAAGGAAUUAAUAUUGAAAUAAAAUCAGUUCAAGUAAUUAUUGUAGCACCCACAAGAGAAAUAGCCAUACAAAUUAAAGAAGUUAUAUCAGCAAUUGGAUGUAAAAUGAAAGAUUUGAAAGUAGAAUAUUUUAUUGGUGGUACUUCAUUAGAUGUUGAUAAAAAAAAGAUUACAUCUUGUCAUAUAGCCAUUGGAGCUCCUGGCAGAUUAAAACAUUUAAUUGAUAAAAAUUAUUUAAAAAUAGAUCAUGUGCACUGUUUUGUAUUGGAUGAAGCUGACAAAUUAUUAGAAAAAAAUUUUCAAGCUGAUAUUAAUUAUAUAUUCUGCAAACUCCCAUAUAAUAAGCAAGUAAUAUCAUCUAGUGCUACAUACCCUGGAGAUCUAGAGAUAUUUUUAAAAUCCUACAUGCAAUCUCCAAUGUUGUCUUCGACAGACAAUGAUGGUCCUAUACUAAUAGGAUUAAAACAGUUUGUUUCAAUUGUUCCCUUUCAUCCUAAUACAAUGAGACAGAUACAAAUAAAAGUGGAAAAAUUGAUAGAAAUUUUCAAAAAAGUUCCAUUUAAGCAGUGUCUUGUGUUUACUAACUUUCAAACUAGAACUCAAUCUAUUUGUAAUAAAGUAACAUCAAUGGGAUAUCCUGCAAUUUAUAUUGUUGGAAAUCAAGAAAUGAAUGAAAGAAUAAAUUCAAUUGAAAAGUUAAAAAAUUUUAAAUGUCGAAUUUUAUUUACAACAGAUUUAAUAGCUAGAGGUAUAGAUGCAGAAAAUGUUAAUUUAAUUAUUAAUAUAGAUAUACCUGAUGAUAGUGCAACAUACCUUCAUCGAAUAGGGAGAGCAGGUAGAUAUGGCUCUCGAGGUAUAUCAAUCAAUAUUAUUUCAGAAAAAGAAUUAUCUACUUUUCAAAAUCUUUUAUUGUCAGUUGGUGGAGAAAAUUUUUCCAUCAUGAAACUUUCAGAAAAUAUUUCUGAAAAUAUUUGGAAUGAAGAUGAAAGUUCAUUUGAUAGAAUACAAGCGACUCAAACUACAGUUAUUACUAACACAGAAUUUGAAAAAAAUAUUAUGGAGUCAGUUAAUGGAGUUCCUAUAGAACCACUGAAUCCAAAAACUAACUUAAAUAUUGAUAUAAAGAAACCUAUAAGUAAGAUAAAAGAAAAGCCAAUGAAAUCUUUUGUUGACAAAUUAUCAAAAGCAAUUGAGAAUUUAAAUCUGAAAGUGGAUUGUAUCAAACAUGAAAGUAAUGUGUCACUUCCAUCACAUGCUGCAUCAAAAUUUAAUAUAAGAACCUUUCAAAUUAAUAAGUCUAUUAAUCCAUCAGAUAUGGAAAAGUUAAAUGAAAAUAGAAUGUUUAUCCUAAAUUUAAAGAAAGUGCCACAGAAUCAAAUAUCAGAAACUAAGUUCCAAAGUGUAAAGAAUUUUUUAACAGUAAAUUUUGUUAAAAACUCAAAUCUUUGUAACUCAUUUCCAACAAUUAAUAAAAUUAAUUUAAACACUUCUUUAAAACAUCACACUGUAGAUAUUGAAAAAAUAAUUGAAAAUAGUGAAAAGCACUUUAAUUCAGUAUUGUUUGAAACUGAAGAUUUCCAAACUCUUUUAAAAAUUGAAACAAAUUGCAAAAGUAGACCUUCUAAUUUUAAUGAUCCUGAAGAACUUAUUCUGUAUGAAGCAUCGUGCUGGAAAAGAAAAUUGACUCAUGAAAUGAUGAUGUUGAUGCCUUUUUUACCAGAUGAUAUGCAUGUAACAGAAUGUACUCAGAAUUUUUAUGCUGCACUGUAUCAUUUUUAUAAUAUUCAAAAGAAAGCUCUUUUAUGCAUAUACCCAGAAAUUCGAAAUGACAGUGAAAUAAAAGAUACAUACCUAUUUUGUGAAAUUAAGCAAAAUAUAAACUUAUUAAAAAUGUAUCAACAAAUUGAAGAUUUCAAAAAUUUGCAUCGUUCUCAAAAAGGUAAAUUUAAUUCAUAUUUUCCUUAUCCAAUAGAUAUUUCUAAACCACUUCCAAAUUUGAUGAUUACCGAUAAUGAAAUCGGAAGAUAUAAAGCAGCUAUUGAAUAUUUAAGAUGUAACUACGAAACUUAUGAAGCAUGGUUAGAUACUAGAUAUAUUUUAACUACCAUUGACAAUGAAAUAAAAGAAAAAAUAAUUGAAAAAUUGAAAAGUAGUAAACAAACUAAUAAAACUGAACUAUUGUCAAUCAUUGCUGAAAUAAAUGAAAAUUUAUUAAAGUUUAAUGAUACAGAAUCAGAUGAUGAUUGUUCUACUGAAACCUACCAUUUUCAAUUGAAAAAAUAUAAUUGUGAAGAGAAAGAUAAAAAUAAUAAGUACAUUCCUCUAAUAGGAAACAACUGCUCAGUCAAUGACCAAAAACAAAAUGUUUUUAAUUGUUUAAAUGGAACAUGCAAUGGAGAUAAUACUUUACAUGUUAAAAAUACUGAUACAGAGAUAGAUCAUUCAGAUUCUGAUAGUCAUUGUGACUCACAGACUACAAACAUAAACUUGAAUUUCCAAGAUACGAAUAUCGCAACAUCAAAUUAUUUAAAUAGAACGCGGGCCAAUAGUGAUUAUAGUCCAUUUGAACCUUCAUUGUCUACAAAUCUCAUAGAUCAUCAAAUAAAUUACAGAGCCGUGAACAAUAAUUCACACCUUAAUGCAAUUCAUGAAUUAGAACAUUAUUUCAGAUAUGUCAGAUUGCAAACUAAUCAGAUACAUUUACAAGAAUAUUUAUAUCAAAUGUUACAUUCAGAUUGAUAUUAUAUAUAAAUCAUCAAUUUUAUAAUUUACUAAAGAAA